UCAAAGAGGCAAUAGUCACAUCUAAUUUGGAGAGUGACCAGGAAGAGGAAAUGUCUCGCAGGAAGGUUGUUGCUCCUGCAUGGUACCAAGAUUCUGAUACUGAAAUAGAUGAGCCUGUGGUCAAAAGAAAGAAAAGGACUGCAACUAACAUGAAGGACAGUACCUCAGUGCCACAGAUGCCUACAAUGCCCUCUUUCCAGCCAUCAAUGGAAUUAUUUUCGCAGACAGAAGACCAGAACACUCCAACGCUGUUCAUAAGAACCAAUACACUGGAUGAAGCCCCAACCAGGGAUGUGUUUCAAAGCUACACAGCUUUGAUUUGGUUAUUUGGUUAUUUUAUCCAUAUUAUUUAUCCAUAUUCCAUUUUUCCAUAUCCCUCCCACACCAGCACUCCAGCAACUUCAAGCUGUGAAAAUGAUUCCUCCAUACCAUCCUAUGUGAGGUGCCUUUUCAUGAGGCUGGACAGGAUUGAACGUUCUCUCUCCAACAUCAUGUCCAUUUUGGUGAAAGAUAUGCAAUCUCAAAACCCGGAGAUUGAGGAGCUUUCAAGGCAACUACAGACUGUUGAAGAACUGGAACAAGCUUGUGAAAACCUAACUGACACCGCUUACAAAAAAAAGUGGUCGACUACCUGUGUCUUUAUGGAGGUACCGCUCCAGGGGACACAGUGAGAAGGAUCCUCCAAAAAAUCGGAACAAAUGCCCUUUGGUCAGCCUACGCUUAAAUGGUCUGAGAGGCAAAAAAAAAAUUCAUGGACCUGCGAAUAUACCCCGUCAUUGUCCAGGCAUGCCAGAGGAACCACCCCAAGACCCUUCAGAAGACCAUUGAUCUAUGCAUCUCAGAUACCCUGAGAUAUGUUUCUCACAGAAGGAGUCUGGUCAGUGUUUUGAUUUGGUGAAAAACACAUUU